UAUAUAAAUUCAAACACCCCUCUCUGUUGAACAAACGUAACUCAUUGCAAUCUCUUUCUAGUUCCACCAUGAUGCAUCCCAUGUUGCUUGGCCUUUUGAUAGUAGCAUUCAUCAAGGGUUCUCAAGCUGAAAAUACCUUCUCACUCUACUGGAAAGAACAUAUUGGUCUUCCACAUCCACCACAUUGGUUAGCUGCAAAGGCUUCUCCAUUGAGCCCCCAUCAGGCAACAUUGUUUAUGAAACUAAUGAAGGAAAAUGAAUUAGCUUCCCACCUUCCUUCAUUUUGUAUGCAAGCUAAUGUUGCUUGUUCUGCAAAUGCAUUGGUGAAGAAGACAACAAGCAAUACAACUCUACGAGCAAUGUCAAAGUGGAAUAAUAACAAAUUGACAUAUGAGCUUCCAAAUGAAAUACCCUUGUCGGUUGCCAGCCAAGGGGGAUUGCCAUAUUUUCGGGAAUCAAUGGUGAAAGAAGGGGGUCUCAUGCCCAUCCCUGAUCUAAGGGACAAAAUGUCAUAUAAAUCAUUCUUGCCGCGAACUCUGGCAUCAAAAAUUCCAUUUUCCUUUGCUCAAAUUGAGGACUUGAAGAAGCUCUUUGGUGUGGUGGAUAACACAAACAUGGAUGAGUAUAUUCAAAACAGCCUCAAGCUAUGUGAGAAAAAUCCCAAGCAAGGUGAGCCGUGCACAUGUGCAACUUCUGCUGAGGAUCUCAUCGAUUUUGUUAUUGAGAAAUUAGGACACCAUAUAGACAUAUGGAGUACUGAGAGUGUUGAAGGAUCUUAUGAGAAUGUCACAAUUGGAUCUAUGAAGCUUGUAUAUGGAAAUUUCUCUAAACCACCAGCCUUAUGCCAUAGUCUGCCAUUACCAUUUCAAGUCUAUUAUUGUCACGUUCUUUGGAAAGUGAAAGUAUAUGCAGUUGAGCUAAAUACUCGGAAGAGAGUGAAUCAUGUGAUCAUGGCAUGCCACUAUGAUACAUCAACUUGGAAUCCAAAUCAUCUUGCUUUUAAGUUGUUGGGUUUUGGCCCUGGCCUUAUUGAAGUAUGUCACUGGAUAAAUGAGAAUGGAAUUGUCUGGACUAAGUCUCUAGGUUAAAUAGCAUUUGAAGAUUUGAUCAUCUUCUAGUUCUCUUGUUUUUGUUAUAUUGUAAUUGCUUAUGUUUUUGAAGGAUAAAUAAUGAUCUAGUUUCAUUUACUUA